GGCUCACAGCAGAGGCUCAUUCUUCUGCUCUUCUGAUUUAGGAGGAACCAGGUCUUACUUUUUUCUGCUAAGGAAUUUUCUGGACCAGAUUUUCUUUGGGUAAAAAAUGGGCCUCGCAAAGAAAGACGGCGCUCUGCUGCUGGCUGUGGUGGCUGCAGUCUGCAUCCAGCUCUAUCAGGCUCAGCAUGUGGUGGGACGGUGUCGGUGUUAUGAGGAAGUGCGGCUGAUGGCCAUUAAAAGAAACAUCACAGACUUUCAAGUCAAGGAAAAAAGUGCGGCGUGCAGUAAAAUUCAAUUAAUAGUCACUUUCAUGGAAGCAAACAGCACCGCAGUAGAGAGAUGCGUAAAACCUCAAGGAUACAAGGCCAAGCAGCUUCUAAAGUGCUGGGAAGGGAUAAACAAAAAUGAGAGCCGAAAGAUGGAGUGCAUCAACCACUAAAGGAGCAGAGGAGUGGAGGAGUGGAGCACAUGAGCUGCAGGAAGGCCGAGCUGUUCUUUCACUCAUCUCCUCAUGGGACGGGACCGAGAAACAAGGGAACCAGUGGAUGUAAAGAAUGUAAAGGCGAAAAGAUGUGGAAGAACUAAGGCCCGUGUAAAAACUGAUGCAUUUUAUCUGUCUUUGCGUGGCAAAUUAUUUAUGCAGACUUAUUUAUUUUUGAAAUUUGUAUGAAAUGUCUUUAUUUUUUUUCUACAAAUAUAUGGAAGCAAAUAAAGUUAAUUUUUGAUAUAGAAGUGAACUGUUCAGAUUUUUUUUUAUCUUGAGGUCUCUUUUCUUAGCAAGAAAUGCACUUUAUAAACUAUAUAUUUCAAA